CUUAGAAGAUAGAAGAUACACAUUUGGCUAAUGCCAUAUCCAAGUUAAUUAAAUUUCCUAAUCCCAGUCGCUCGAAGGGAGCUAUAAAAGUCAGAUGUGAGGGGACUACAGUCAUCAUUUAGUAUCACCAAUAACCCAAGCAACAUGGUCAGUUUUGAGGAAGCCGCCGAAUUAGCCAAGAACUUCUCCAAGAAGCCUAGCGACUCUGAAUUCCUGGAGUUCUACGGUCUUUUCAAGCAGGCCACCGUUGGCGAUGUGAACAUUGAGAAGCCCGGCCUUCUGGAUCUCAAGAAGAAGGCCAUGUACGAGUCCUGGAACUCGCAGAAGGGUCUGUCCAAGGAGGCUGCCAAGGAGGCUUACAUCAAGGUCUACCAAAAGUACGCUCCCAAGUACGCCUAA